AAGUCUGCAUCAGCUGAUUUUUUUGUUAUGUGGCGAAGUGAAACAAACAAUCUCUCAUUUUGGCGGCGUCGAGUUGCGAACGCUGAUAUUUUCCACUGUGCUCCCAAAAACGUCUCUCCCUUUCUCCCCUCCUUGAAGCUCAACGUUAAUGGCGUCAAAGCUUCUCUUUUCCCACAUUAGCCGGACGCCGGCGCCGAUUCCAGAGAUUCCCCGCCCGGGUUGCUGUUUUCCCAGCCAAAAGUUAACUGCAUCCUCGUCACUAAUUACUCCGGAGACCAAAUGUAGCCGCCUCUCAGUUUCAUCGCCGCCGCCGUUCCAAUUCCCCGGAGAAAAAAGCCAGAUCUUUCUGUCUCCUAGCUGGCUUCCGAGGCAACCCAGUUCGAUCCGAUCUGUAACGGUCAGAUCCAACUUGAGUUUCCCUCUAAUUUCUCCGGACGACAAAUGGGGCAUCUGGACCGCCCUCUUCGCCGCCGGCGCUUUCGGCAUCUGGUCGGAGAAGACCCAAAUUGGAAGCGCACUCAGCGGCGCUCUAGUGAGCACUUUGGUCGGGCUGGCGGCCAGUAAUCUAGGACUCAUUUCUUGCGAAUCGCCAGCUUACUCAAUUGUUCUGAACUUUCUUCUCCCACUGGCAGUCCCUUUGCUGCUGUUCAGAGCCGACUUGCGCCGGGUGAUUCAGUCCACUGGAAAACUACUCCUGGCUUUCCUAAUCGGAUCAGUUGCAACGACGAUUGGAACAGUGGUGGCUUAUCUACUGGUGCCGAUGAAAUCACUUGGCCAGGAUAGUUGGAAGAUUGCAGCUGCUCUCAUGGGAAGACAUAUUGGUGGAGCUGUGAAUUAUGUAGCCAUUGCAGAUGCUCUUGGAGUUUCUCCAUCAGUUCUUGCAGCUGGACUUGCUGCAGACAAUGUCAUCUGUGCUGUGUAUUUCACCACGCUGUUCGCUCUUGCAGCUCGAGUGCCUCCAGAAUCUGCAACCUCUUCGAAUGAUGAUGCCUCAGCUAAUGGUGGCACCGAGCCUGGCGAAAAGCCGCUUCCUGUCAUGCAAGCAGCCACAGCUCUUGCAGUAUCUUUCGCCAUCUGCAAGGCAGGUUCUUACGCCACAAAGUCCCUUGGCUUUCCAGGAGGCAGCUUGCCGGCCAUAACCGCCAUCGUCGUGGUCUUGGCAACUGCAUUCCCUUCCCAAUUCAACUACCUCGCCCCAUCCGGCGAAACCAUGGCCAUGAUUCUCAUGCAGGUGUUCUUCGCGGUGGUUGGUGCGAGUGGCAACGUGUGGUCCGUUGUCCAGACAGCUCCGAGCAUAUUCAUGUUCGCGCUCGUCCAGAUAUCGGUCCAUCUGGCGGUGAUCCUCGCUGUGGGGAGGCUGCUGUUCGACCUCGACCUGAAGCUGCUGCUUCUGGCGUCAAAUGCUAACGUCGGCGGCCCUACCACUGCCUGCGGGAUGGCUACUGCGAAAGGGUGGAACUCCAUGGUUGUUCCCGCCAUUCUCUCGGGUAUUUUCGGAAUCGCCAUUGCCACUUUUCUUGGCAUCGCUUUUGGUUCCAUGGUUCUGAAAUUCAUGUAACUCCUCUGUAUGCCGCUCCUUUUUGUUAAUUCAUCUUACCGGAAAAUUGAAAAACGGAGAGACACAAGUUCAUAGAACAGUUUAAUUCAGACCGGGUACAAAUGUGAUUAUAACUACGUAUAUGAUCAUAAAAUGCACAAAUAAAAUGCACAUGAAAGUAACCAUGUAAUUAGGAUUCUUAUAGGUUAUCCGCUUGAUCGUUCCCCGUUGCUCCGUCGCCAUUAAAACCCCUCCACUGCCGCUACCUUCCUCCAACUGCAGUUCCUUCAUCACCGCCGGCGUAACAUCCUUCUCCACCGCGACCAGCCGGAAACUCCUACCUCCUUCUCUCCCUCGCUGCCAACUCACCGCCACCGACUCUUCAUCCGCCGCCGCCACGACACACAGAUUUUCCCGUCGGCGAAGCUCCCCUGCCAGCAGGGGAGUCGCCGCCGCCACCAGCAUCCUGCUCUUGCUGCAGGCUCCGAAGAUCAAAACGUCUCCCGUGUCGAACAGGAGAAAGAAUCUUCCUCCCCAGAAUCCGAUUCCCUCGCAAACUCUCUUCCCCUCUUCCCCCUCCCGGCAGUAAGUGUAGCUCUCCCACCACAGACGGCCGCGGCGGAACGUGCUGAAACUGUGGUGGCUGUUCACGAUCAAGACGGUCCAGUCCGGACCCGUCGGCGGGGCCGAGAACGCGGCUUUGAUCGGCGGCUGCGGGAAUCGAUCGCGAUUCAGCGGACGGAGUCUCAGCAAGGGAAGGCGGAAGUAGCAAUACGGCCAUGGAAGCAGGGGAUUGAAGCAUCCGAAGAUUGAAUCGGGUAUGGUUUCGUAUCCCACAAGCCACCACCCGCUCGCCCAAUUGUAGAACACGCGUAAGUAGGGCGAGCUCAGUAGCUCCCGAAAUUCGCCGGGGACAUCCUCGCCGACGUGCGAUCCGACGUCGAUAGGGUGACCACGCUUGCCGGAGACAGGGGUCGUCGGCGGCGGGCUGCGGCGACGGCGGAAGCGUGAAUGUGAUGCCAGCUCUUGCACACGCAUCCGAAAUCGGCGCGGUCGGGGGGAAGGAGCUUGAUGUAGAUUGAAUUCAAGAGAUCCCGGCAAAGCUCAUCCCACCGUCGUCGGCGAGGAAGCGACGUUCCUACUUCGCCGGCGGCACUGGUCGCCUGGCGUCUAGUGGCAGUCUUGUAAAUUUUUGGCGGGCAAAGUGGCACACAGAUUGGAAACACCAUUAUUAAUUCUCCAAUCCUACAUUUUCUCUACCGAAUUGUAUAAUUGUAGCUAUAUUGGUAUCGACAAGACAAGC